CUAAAAUUCUAAAUUAUCGUGAAAGCAAAGGAGAUUGAGAUAUGGAGAUGUUAAGCUUAGACUGAGAGUAACAGAAAAACAGAAACUGACGGAACCAAAUUACAUUUGUUCACGAAAUCAAGGUUAAAAAGAUGGACAAUCCACCAACAGAUGCACCUCAUCCUCUGAAGCGAAAUUCAACUGAUGUGGGAUGGGAAUUUGGAGUCUUAUGCAAUCCAAAAAAUGUGGACAAGGUCAAAUGCAAGUUGUGUGGAAAAGAAUUCUCUGGUGGUAUUUAUAGAAUGAAAGAACACAUUGCUCAUGUGAAAGGGAAUGUCUCACCCUGUCCUGUAUCAUCUAAAGCUGAUCAAGAGAAGUGUAAGAAGGCUAUUCUUGAUGCAAAAGAGAAGAAGAAUUUGAAAAGGAAACAUGAUCAAGAAUUAAGGGCAGAGGUGAACAUAAACAGGGGCAGCAACACUGAGGAACUGGAAAACGAGUUGGGAACUCUUAAAAGUCCUCACUUCCAAGGUCCUAUUGAUCAGUAUGCGACCUCCAUCAACCCUGAAGCUUCUUUGGCUGCACAAACACGACAACAAAGCAUCCAUGAUGCCAUAUCUAAGGAUAAGACACAUGCUGUCCGUCAAUACUGUGCUAGAUGGAUGUAUGAGGCAAAUGUUCCCUUCAAUGCCAUUGACAAUGACAGUUUCAAGAUGUUUUGUGAAGCGUUGGGAAAGUUUGGACCUGGUUGGGUGCCUCCAAGUCAGUAUCAGCUUAGAGAACCACUAUUAAUUGAGGAACAGAAAAGGACCAAGGAGAAGUUGAAGAGUCUAGAAGAAGAAUGGGAAAAAGAAGGUUGCUCAGUGAUGACAGAUGCAUGGAGUGAUAUGAAAAGAAGAAGCAUAAUGAAUUUGUGUGUCAACUCAAGGGGAGGUACAUGUUUUCUUUCAUCAAAAGACACCUCUAAAGAUUCUCAUACUGGUGAGUACAUCUUCAACUACAUUGACCAGUGGAUUGAAGAUAUAGGAGCUGCAAAGGUAGUGCAAGUGGUCACUGAUAAUGCUACAAACAACGUGGCAGCUGCAAAGAUGCUAAAACAAAAGAGACCAAAUAUAUUUUGGACAGGUUGUGCUGCACACACUAUAGAUUUGAUGCUCGAGGGAAUUUCUAAGCUUCCGGGAAUUGCAAAGAUAAUUGACCAAGCAAAAGCUGUUACGAUCUUCAUAUAUGCUCAUCAUAAAACACUGUCCAUGAUGAGAACGUCUACAAAGAACAGAGAUAUCGUAAGACCAGGAGCAACAAGGUUUGCAACUUGUUUCUUGACUAUGCAAAGCCUAUACGACAAGAAGGCACAACUGAUGAGCAUGUUUGGCAGUGAUGAAUGGCAUAGUUGUAAGCAUUCGAAGUGUCUGAAGGGCAAGACAACAUUUGACACGAUUAUGAGUCAAGGGUUUUGGACUAGUGUGAAUGUUGUCUUGAAGAUCUUCAACCCUCUGGUGAAGGUUCUAAGGCUGGCUGAUGGGGAGAAAGUACCUUCUCUUGGAUUCAUUUAUGGUGAGAUUUUGGAAGCUAAGAAUUCUAUCAAAGAAGCUUCAAAUCAUUUGGAGAAAAACUACCAGCCUAUUUUUCGAAUCAUUGAUGAGAAAAUGAAAGAUAGGUUAGAUACUCCUUUGCAUGUGGCUGCCUACAUGACAGGUUAG